AAAGCCUGAAAGGUUUCCAGAAUGUGUCGUUACGAGAGCUUGUUUUGGAAUCACCAAAGAGAGGCGGAGAGGUAACAUUUGAAACUGGUGUAUUUAGAUACUUGAAGACUUUGCAAGUCCUCAGGGUGAGGGGCUUAAGUCUUUCAAACAAGAUUAUUUUACGAUCCUUAUGGCCUUUCGAAAACAAGGCGAUGGCUGAGAUUGAACUUCAAAAUUUAAGUUUUAUGGAAACGUGGGAUCAGCCAAAGAAACAGAUUGAAGACGGACUAAUAACCAAAGACAAUAUGAAGUAUCUCACAAGUAUAUGUCUUUUACAGCUGAUAUGGAAUAACUGUCAGAUAGUUGGUAUAGAUAUCUCUUCGUUUGACGGCUUCAUUAAUAUGAAGAGGUGCCUGAGAAGUCUGCAGUUUAAUAGACAGCUCGUGGAUAGAUUUUAUACUCAAGGGAACAUGAUACUCCGCUUAUUGGAAUUUAAAAGGCUAGAGGAGUUUCAGUUCAGUGGAUCUGGAUGGUGUGGGUCAGAUGUUCACUUUAAGUUACAUAAUUAUCAAAAUAUGGAAGGAGAAAAUAGAGCAAAUUUAGAGCAUGCUGAAUCUGGCAAUAGUGGAAGAGUUUUCACGGCUGCUAACACCAAUGAUUGCAAGAAGAUUGAUAAGAAAGUGAAAGUUCACAAACGCAAGUCUUUACCUUCGACAAACGUUGUGUCCGGCUUCCCUCUUGCUGAGAAAUCUAAGGGUGCAGCGGAAUUCAGAAUUCCGAAAACGCUACAAAAAGUCAUAGCCAUAGGCUCAGGAGGUGGUAUUACAGAAGUUUACGGCUGCCAUAUACUCGAUGGGCAAAAUAUGAGAGAGGUGCGGUAUGUCAGCUGCUCUGAACUCAUUCUGCACGAUUUUGUAACGGGUCUCGACAAUGUGGCUCUCGUGGAUGUGACGGGGUCUAAAGUAAAAGCCGUUGGACUGAAAAAUGUGUUUCAAAGUUUUCCAAACUUACAAACCUUGAUUGCAAAUUCUCUUCAGACAACCGAUGUCAUCUAUCAUUUCUUAGAUAGACGUUGGCUAAAUGCAACCCCAAAACUUCAACAAAUUGAGCUGAGCGACAACCGUCUGCACUAUUUACCAAGACUUUCAUUUUCUACUAAUCUGGAAAUGGCCUAUGUGGUGUUGUCAAAAAACAGUUUCACAUCGUUAGGAUUUGACGUGUCGAACACCCCAGCGUUGACCUAUCUGGAUAUGAGUCAUAACGCCAUCUCGACACUUAAAGGAGGGGAGAUGACAGCCUUAGACGAGCAUCCUCAAACCAGGGCCUUCGGGCUUUCUCUCUCACUUCAUGGGAACCCUCUACAAUGUGUCUGCUCACGACUUCCGUUUUUAAUAUGGCUGCACACAACUCUGGUGCGAAUGGACAACUCUGGGAAUUACACAUGCAUUGACGAAAGAGGCUAUUUCAUCAGGACAGGCGACUUGGCAGCUGUCAAGGCAAUAUGGCGUCGAUGUGUGGGCCGGACAGCGUUCCUGGUCUCUAUAUGUCUGGUCUUGGUCAUGGCCUUCGGAUUCCUGGCGCUCUACAGGUGGUGGCGUUACAAAACCGCGCUAAGAAACUUCUUUCUAAAUCUUCUGAACCCCGCUGUCAGGCCGAAAACCAUGAGCGACUACCAAUACCACGUCUUCAUAGGAUACGCAGAUGAAGAUUUUCGAUUCAUUCGCCAUAUAUUAAGAAGGUACCUGGAGGAAGACCUCCAUCUGAGAACUUACAUCCACCAGCGUGACCUUGGGCCAGGCUAUCUUGACCAACAGUUUCUGGACGCUAUUCAGAGCAGCUGGAGACUCCUGAUUGUGCUUUCAGCGAAUUUUCUCCGCUCCUACGACAAGGCUCAUCUUGUUAUGAAGAUGUGCACGUCUUCCGUGGACAUAGCGCACCCAGACCGCAUUCUGCUCCUAGUGGAGGAAUGCCAGGCUCGCUAUGUGCCCGACUACGUCUUGGCAACAGUGGAGGAAGACCAGCUCAUCAGAAUGUGCACGUCUUCCGUGGACAUAGCGCACCCAGACCGCAUUAUGCUGCUGGUAGAGGAAUGCCAGGCUCGCUAUGUGCCCGACUACGUCCUGGCAGCAGUGGAGGAAGACCAGCUCAUCAGAAUUGCCUCCCUUAGUGAGACCCGCCUCGCUAAGGAAGGACAACUCACAGAGCAGUCUGCCGUCUACACGUUCUUCUGGAUCGGCCGUGGACUCGACGAGCGUCGCGAGGAAGGAGUUGGUUUUGCUAUCAAGUCCAACCUGGUCAACAAGCAGGCAGCUCUCCCUAAGGGAAUCAUCGAUCGCCUGAUGACUGCCCGCUUCCCGCUCCCCAAGAAGAGAUUUGUCGCGCUGAUUAACGCUUACGCCCCCACAAUGACCAACCCCGACGACAUAAAAGAAAAAUUCUACGACGACCUAAAGAAGACCAUCGCAGCCGUACCCAGAGCAGACAAACUCAUCAUCCUUGCAGAGACCACAAGUCGUGGAAGGGAGUGUUAG